AUGAACCUGACGGAGUUUAAUCAGUCUGAUCGCUGUGAGCAUUUCUCCUGUCCAGAGAGAUCUGUAUCUCCUGCAGUUUAUAUCUUACUGUAUGUAUGUGCAGCUGCUGUGGUUCUUCUAACAGUGUGUGGAAAUCUGAUCAUCAUCAUCUCUGUUUUUCACUUCAAGCAGCUUCACACACCAACCAACAUGCUCGUGCUCUCUCUGGCUGUGUCGGAUUUCCUCAUCGGCGCCAUAGUGAUGCUUCCAGUGUUAAUCUGGACAAUUGAGUCAUGCUGGAUUUUUGGGAGAGGUUUCUGCAUUAGUUUUUGGUUAAUUGGUGCUUUCAUCAUGGCCUUAUCCAUCUAUAAUGUCGCUUUGAUCUCUGUGGAUCGGUAUUUGGCUCUCUCAAACCCGUUUCUCUACACAAACACAAUCUCUAGGAGGACUAUGUGCAUUGUGGUUUACUGUACCUGGUGUGUGUGUCUGGCUUAUAGCGUUACAUUCUAUUAUUUCAAUAUAAGCUCCAUGAAUUUUUUACUAUGUCCUGGAGAGUGUUUUCUCUUUCUGAAUGAGGUUUGGUCUGUAAUUGACCUUGUAUAUUCAUUUAUAUUUCCACUCUCUGUCAUAAUCAUAUUGUAUACUCGAGUUUUUGUGAUUGCUAAGAGACAUGCCACUGCUAUCAGAGAGCUUAAUAAGCACACACGGCCUAAAACACAGAAAAUCACCUCAUUCUCGAUGAAAUCUGAGAGAAAAGCAGCUAAAGUCCUUGGCAUUUUAGUGGCUGUGUUUCUGGUGUGUUUACUUCCAUAUUUUAUUUACAGUUUAUUAGGUGAUGUUAUUGAACUACAGACAGAAACUACUCAUAAACUCAUGAUUGUGGUUUAUCUUAAUUCCACCAUUAAUCCAUUUAUUUAUGCUCUGUUUUACCCGUGGUUUAGGAGGUGCAUAAGAUUAAUCAUAACUCUGCGAAUAUUUCAAACAGACUCUUCAUUAAUAAAUGUUUUUUCAUGAAAAGGCUUUUUUCACUCCUUCUGAUGAUGUGCCCAAAUAUUGCUGUUAUAUUAUAUAUAACUAAAACUUCUGUAACAAAUCAA